GAUUCGUCAUCCUCGGAAAUUGAUGCCACUGUCAUCUAUAGUAGUAUCCCACCGGAUUUAAACAUGGAAUCUAUGUCCCGUGCCACAAAGUCUAGCAUAGUCGGUGAAAUGCUUCGUGUCUCGAAGGGCCCGAAUGGGAAGCUAAGCAUUUUCGCAUGUGAAGCAGCGGAGAGAUCACCUCCAUCUGUUUAUGACCGCGGGCAACCCUCGUCUUGUGUGGUGUGCCAUCGUACAAUAGCUGAUCGUGAGAUGUUUUUGAAUUUUCCCGAUGACUUGGAUAGAAGACGGUUGUGGGGAAACAUGCUGGGCUUCAAAUAUUCAGAUAUGCUUCGUUUACGUGAUGGUACAAUUAUGCUCAGUACCGGCAAUAUUUGUACGGAUCACUUUUCUGAGGAGUGUUUUAGGUCCCAUGUUACCGUGGAUCUGAUCUUAAAUUUUCUAGCGGUAUCGUGUAUACUUUAUGUAUUCUCCUUAUUAAUUUAA